GCUGGCUCCCGCGCUGGGUGAGCCUGGCUGGGGAGGAGCUGUACUCGGGUCACGCUGCUCUCUGCGACCCUUGUCCCUCUCUGCAUUCCAGCUGGAGAGAUGAGAAGCCGGGUGUUACACUCUAUAGUGGCCGUGUGCCCGCCCGGAAUGGGCAUUGGCAAGGAUGGCACCCUGCCAUGGCCUUAUCUCAGGAAUGAAUUUAAACAUUUUCAGAAGAUGACCAUGACACCAACAGUUGAAGGCAAGCAAAAUGUUGUGAUAAUGGGUAGAAAAACAUGGUUUUCUAUUCCGGAAAAGAAUCGACCUUUAAAGAACAGAAUCAACAUAGUGCUAAGCAAAGAGCUAACAGUUACCCCACAAGGUGCUCACUAUCUCGCCAAAAGUUUAGAUGAUGCUUUAGAGCUAUUGGAGACUCCAGAACUGAAGGACCAAACUGAUCUUGUAUGGAUUAUUGGAGGAAGUUCUCUCUAUAAGGAGUUAUUGGACAAGCCAGUAAAUCAGAGACUCUUCCUGACUAGAAUUCUGAAAGAGUUUGAGUGUGAUACAUUCUUACCGGAAAUUGACUUCCAGUCCUACAAACUCCUCCCUGAGUACCCUGAAAUACCUUCUGAGAUCCAAGAAGAAAAUGGUAUUCAAUACAAAUUUGAAGUCUAUGAAAAGAAAGUCACAGAAAAUUGUUAAACACAUUCCAUUUUUAUAGCCUGCUGUACAUUUGCUUUAAAAUAAAUUUUGUUUAAUUACCA